GCGUUGCCACAGGAACUCUGGUAGUGGAACAACCUACCUAAUUGGCCACACCCGUUGUAAGUGCACCGUUUGCCAAGCAGAACUUUGUCGAACUAUUUUUGUAAAGGUCCAUUUGUCAUCAUGUCUGCCCUUUCCGAUGACGCUAUCCGCAAGGUGUUUGUCGAACUUCAAGCAAAAUAUGUCGCCAGCUCGCAGCAAGUCAACGUGGUCAAGAGUCAGAUCCAAACAACACAACGCGAACGUAAAAUGGCGGAAUUAACACGACGUGAACUCGACACAUUGGGAAACGAUACCAAAGCUUAUAAACCCGUUGGCAAAAUGUUCCUCCAAGCACCUCUAGGGGAAAUGAAGAAACAUUAUGUGGAUGUUGUGGCUCAGUCGGAUGAAAAGAUUCAACAAUUGGAAAAAUCGCAAAAAUACUGGGAACGCGCUGCUUCGGAUGCACAGAGUAAUCUCAAGGAUAUUCUUCACGGACCUCGCACCAUGUAAUCCACUUUCGUCUGCGCCCCCUCCCCCUUCCCCAUUUUCUUAUUUCACUACGAUUGGUUUUCCUGUUGCUUUGAUACGGGCCUCCUUGGCAUGUCUUUGGUUUUAGAAAAGAAAAUAGUUAUUAUUGCAUUAUU